CCAUCACGAUUAGUAGUAGUGUGGAGCUGUUACGCGACGAACGGAACGACGAUGAACGAUGGGGAUACACCACACAGUGUACCAUCAUUAGCAGCAGCAAAGGCAGCAAAUUUGAACUGAUUUGUAUAGUCACAAUUUCCCCAGUAGUGACAGAAUUGAAUUCUACAUUCGCGCUAAAGACUAGGGCCAGCUAGCACGGAUUGUGUUCUAGUAACUAGUAGCAAUUGAAGUGACCAAUUCCAUGAGCAGAGGUGCGAGAGUCAUACUCUCUUGCCAAUAUCUAUCACCUAGAAAUCUUAUCCUCGCGUAAAACGUUCGGUUUGAGAACCGCUGGCAAAAGUGCAAAUUUGCUCCAAUUUGGGGAACGGAUCUAACUACUGGACCGACCAUCGUCCCAAUGGAAGUGGACCACGGUGGCGUGAAAGUGGACCCUACCCGGAGCAGGAGAAGUGGGGUCGUUACAGUAGCUGCUGGACAGCUACACAGCCGCCGCAGAGCUCCCGGUGGCAACACGGCCAAUGGCAGUAGGAGCGCUACGGUGGCGGCCGCCGCAGUAAGCCCGGCCAUGGCUCCAGUUCCGGUUCCGGGUCCAACCGUAACCGUCAAAGUAGGACUCAAUAUGAACAUGUGCAGGCUGUGUCUGGCCGAAGGGACCCCAAGCUCCCGUUUGCUACCGGUUUAUUACGCAAAGGACACGCCGGACGAACCGCUGGUUCAAAAGAUACUGGAACUCACAACGAUACAGGUACAAUACGCAACGGAUUUUCCAUCAUCGAUUUGCAACGGGUGCCGCGGCAAAUUGGAAGAGUAUCAUAUUUUCCGGCGACAGUGCAUCGAAAACGAUGAAAUAUUAAGAAUAAAGUACUAUGAGAUUAAAGCUGCCGAGCAACAACAAGCUCAGCAACUUCAACAGCAGCAUCAGCAACAGCAGCAGCAGCAACAACACCAUCAUCAACCGGCGCAGCAACAAGCGCAGAUAAUUGCUGAAGAAAAAAUGACCGAAGAGUACAUUGAUGACGGGGACGAUAUUACAUUGGCUAUAGAUGAAUCGGCCGCCGAAGUCGAGGAAUAUCAGGAAGAGGAAACUACCGAGGAGGUGGUCCAGCAACCUGAUCAGGUUGUCGAACAGCAAACUAUACAGUAUGUGGCAGCCGAUGGCACAAUGACCGAAUAUAUUGAAGCCGGAGAUGUACGAACAGUAUCUAGUGCUAACCAGCAGCAGCAGAUUCACAUUAGUGGUUACGGAGAAGCUGAAGGAGUUCCUUCGGGCGAAGGGCAUGAGAUUUACUACACAGAUGGAACCGAUACAUAUGCUAUUCACACGACAACGGAGGGUUAUGUUAACGCUGCCAAUUAUGUGCCACAAGGAUACGAAAACCAGACAGAGAUUGAAUGCACAACUAUCGAUGAAGAAAUGCCAGAAGAAGAAAUGUAUGUGGAUGAAAGUGGUACUCCAGUUGGGACGGUCAUAACUCCUAGGGGCGUACAUGAUAGACCAUAUGUAUGCAAACAUUGCAAAACCAGUUUUAAGUAUGAGUACAACUAUGAGAGGCAUAUGAAGAACCACGCAAAGGUUUUGUAUCGUUGUGGAAAAUGCUCGAAAACAUUUACGAAGCAACGCAAAUGUCAGCAGCACUUCUUGAAAGCUCACUCAUCGCAACGUUAUGAGUGUGACAUUUGUUUCCGCACUUACAGUUUACCGACCCGGCUGGAGAACCAUGUCAUUGAAAUGCAUUCGGAGAAUGGCGUGUACAAAUGUGACCGAUGCGUAGAAACCUUCACUUCCUAUUUAGAUUUCAAGUCCCACCGGAACAGCCAGCAUAAUAUAAACGGAUCAAGUAAUGCCACAUCGGUUGUAACCACAGUAUCCGCGGCCGCUCCGGCUACGACAGUCAUAGCUCAAGCUGUAGAACAACGCAACCUACCCUUACACCAACAGCAGCAGCAUGUGAACAAAUCUCCUUCAAUACAUCAGCCAGUUGCACCGGCAUCUGUAAGUACUAGAUCUUCUGUUUCUGAUACCUGUGACUUCGAGGUAAUGAUAGACGAAACUAAGAUCCAGAAACCUAGUGUCACUGAUAGUCCCGCAGCCAAACGAGCUACUGUUUUGAGCGCUGAGCAAGAAAUGAUGGUCGUAGAGGAGGAAGUGGCUCCAAUUGCUAAUAACACCAAUAACAACAAAGCUCACGCUAUUAUUGCAACCACAAGCGGAGGAGGGAAGCUGGUUGUGAGUUCCAAUUCAUUGGUUCCCAGUGCUAUAACGACAACGGCCACAGUUAUAACGACAACAGCCACAGCGACUGCGGCCGCCGCAUCUGUUCCGAACGUUUCGACCAUUACAACGACGGCAUCAGCCCCACAGCAACCGGUUACUAAUGGAGGGAUCGACAGGCUUGCGAUGCAUCGUCAGCUGCUGCAACAGAUCGAAGAAAGUGAGGCCAACUCGAGUGGCCCUAAAAUUUACAAAUGUGACAAUUGCCCGAAGACUUUCGUACAUCUAAACAACCUGAAGGCACACAUCUAUGCCGAGCAUGACAACGACAAACCUUUCAAGUGCAAAUUGUGCCCGAUUUCGUUCAAGACGAAAGAGAUUCUGGUGAUGCAUAUGGUGUUACAUGCUCAACAUAAUACAACCACCUAAAUGAGCAGAUUACUAACCUGCUUCGGAAUUUUGCUGUUCGAAGAUGCCGAAAGAGAACUGUUACAAUUUUAUCUUCUUGCCUUUCCAGAAACAGCACAGUAUCACACAAAAGCAAAACCAGAUGGAGAGUUUAAAAUAUGUAGUAAGUAACUAAAAAGAUGUAUGAUGAACAACUAGCCACUCCGUUGACAACCAAUUUGCCCCCUCCAAAUUAGCGCAAAGAAUUUUCCUAUAUCGACCAUAUUUCAGAUGAGGUUUGGAACCAUUACCUAACCAAUGGAAAUAACCUGGCGAACUCUGAUUUUGGUCCCUGUCUGCAGGUCCAGCAGUUGGGCUGAAUUAUUGGGUUAAAUUCCUAAAAAGAAUGUUAAGGUCGUUCAGCACGACAGGAACAAAUUCAAAAACCUUGGACCACUUGAUCAAGGCAUUUGCUGAGCAUGGUGAUUUAAUAAAAUAUCCUAUCCCUUGAACAUGCUAUUACAGGGGAAAUUCACUGGAACGUAUUUGUUUUGGAAUGUUUUGAAAAUCUAGACACAAAUCCUAGAAGGUUUUGACCCAAUCCUAAGAUGGUUUGGAGAGGCUUUCGGUUAUUAACGGAGGUGGAAAUUCCUGCUCGUGACUAGUUUAUGCUAGCUGGGGUGGUCAACGAUUAUUUCAUUUAGUUCUCCACCCCUGCUAGGAUCAACCAGCCAGUCAACCGGACCAAUUGUGGUCAGGAAAAGAUUAAUAUUUUAUUGGAAAUAUGUACCAUCAUGUCACCAUCUACCGCCCAGUUAAGCGGUUUUUCAACUUCAAACAUGUGUAAUAAAAAAACGACGGCAGAUUUUUAUUCGCUUUCUUUUCCAAUACAUCCCAAAACUGCUCUUCUUUCAAUAAAAAAAUUAGUGGAAUGCGAAAAAUGUACGCUUUUCAAAAUAAUUAACAAAACUUUGGGGAGUUCAACUGGCCCUAUUACCGCCCACUCGACUUUUUCGGGUAUCGAUAAUGUUUUCUUAAGCAAAAACUAUCUAAACAACACGGAAACUGUUCUUUUUAGUAUUUUCCAUACAACGAGCUGUCAAAACCAUAUUUUGGAUCUUGAGAUAAUACAUUUUGUGAAAUUUUUUCCGCAAAUUUAGUACAAAUUUUAACAAAGUGCGUUGACUGACAAAAUGAUGAUUCCCGGCAAACAACCUCAAGUAACCGGUUACUUUCAGCGAUAAAACAUCAUUUUCUAACAUAAUCAAACUAAAUGCUUCUUACAAUUUACAAAUUUGACACAAUACAUGCGUUAAAAACAAAGAAAUUGUGCUUGACCGGUCAUUAGGAACCCACACUUUUUUUUAUACACCAAUUACCGCCCGUCACUAAACGCUUCAAAAAACAACAACUUUUGAAAAAAUCGAAAAUUUUUUGAUGCAAAUCUAUUCUACGAAAACAAAACUAUCGUUUCGAGUCGAUUUUAGAUCCAAUAGGUACUAUCUAGUAAACAAAAACCCUUUCUGCCCUAGGAGUACAGUAAUGCUUAGUUCGCUAACAGGCGUCGAUUUCAAUAAUUUGACCGGAAACGAAAACCCAAAUAUUUUAUUUCUGGCUAUAGUUAGCAUAAUUAAGUGAUGUUUUUUCAGUGAAAUGGUCGAACAAUGAUGCCGACACAGAACACAGAUCUUUUUUUGGUGAAAACAUCCCAGUUUUUUUAAAAUACACACAAAAGGAUGAUUUUGGGCGGUAAAUGGUGUCUGGGCGGUGAAUGGCGACUUGAUGGUAUAUGCAAAACAUUACAAAAACAAAACAGGAUAGACAAAUGAUACAAAUAUUAGAGAGACGAUCAGAAAUCUAUUAUAGUAGUUAGUAAGAAAGGACUUUAGAAAAAGCGAUGAUUUCUCGGAUUUUUGUUUUAUUGUUUUAUUAUUAAUAUAAAGAAAAAGUUUUAUUUAUAUCAAAAGAUGAAAAACCUGUUUCCUUAAUUCUACCAACGGCUUAUUUGCAAUAAUUGCUUACCGCAAUCGAUUAUUAGUUGUAUACUACUAUUUAUUAGUGAAAAAAAAAUUGUUAAAAAGGCAAAUUAUGGAACGAAAAAAAAGAAACAGUGGGUUUUGAACCUACUUGAAGUGGUGCUUUUGCUUCGAAUCGAACGUUACUUUCAAAUUGACGCUAUAAUUUUACGGUAAAAAAAAUCGUUUUUAAAACAUGAACGCGCUCGAAUAGUUUAGUUCUAGAAUUUACCAAUCAUGAGUUUUGUUUUACUUUUUCAAAUUAUUCUACAUUUUGGAUUGUAUCACAGCUCGCGGUAAACCAUUUCGCGGUAUUCGUUUUGGCGGUAUGACAUUUCGCGUAUGAACCUGUUUGGCGGUUUAUCAUUUGGCGGUUCGUAACACUUGGCGGUUUCUCAUUUGGCAUAUGGCCCUUUUGGCGGUUUGCAUUUCAGCGGUUUGUAACAUUACGCGGUCUCCCAAUUUGCGAGUAAGACUAUUUGGCGGUAUGGAUAAUUGGCAACUGAGUCACUUCGCGGUCUGUUUCAAAUGUUCAAAAGUCCGGAUACAUGGAUCAUAAUUACGAGGAUUUCCUUACGAGGAUUGUCCCUAGCUUUGGGUAAACCUAGAAACACGGGGCCUUCCUAGGUUUUCAGUAAACCUAGAAAAAACGGGGCCGACUCAGAAACGUAGUUCAAAACUAAGAGGCCGCCUCCUCACGCUGCGCGUUCGAACUAGGGUGAAGUAUGGUCCUUACGCUUCGCGUUGCGGACCAGGCUAGGGGAUUGUCCCUAGCUUUGGGUAAACCUAGAAACACGGGGCCUUCCUAGGUUUUCAGUAAACCUAGAAAAAACGGGGCCGACUCAGAAACGUAGUUCAAAACUAAGAGGCCGCCUCCUCACGCUGCGCGUUCGAACUAGGGUGAAGUAUGGUCCUUACGCUUUGCGUUGCGGACCGGGCUAGGGGAUUGUCGCUAGCUUUGGGUAAACCUAGAAACACGGGGCCUUCCUAGGUUUUCAGUAAACCUAGAAAAAACGGGGCCGACUCAGAAACGUAGAUCAAAACCAAGAGGCCGCCUCCUCACGCUGCGCGUUCGAACUACGGUGAAGUAUGGUCCUUACGCUUCGCGUUGCGGACCGGGCUAGGGGAUUGUCCCUAGCUUUGGGUAAACCUAGAAACACGGGGCCUUCCUAGGUUUUCAGCAGACCUAGAAAAAACGGAGCCGUCUCAGAAACGUAGAUCAAAACCAAGAGGCCGCCUCCUCACGCUGCGCGUUCGAACCAGAAUGAUGUAUGUGUACGCAUUACGUCUCGAAACCAGAAAAAAGAUUUGGGUACAACAUUUGCUCAGUAUAUAUUUCUGAGCAAAUAUCUUACCGCGAAAUGUUGCAUAUCGCCAAAAAGACAAACCACGGAAAGACUCAUACCGCAAAAUAUAAAACGGCCAAACAAGACCAUUUGCCAAAUGGUAAACCGCCAAAUCGACCAAACCGCCAAUUGUCAUGCCGCGUUUUAGUUCCUUUUGCCAAAUGGUAAACCGCCAAAAUAGCAUACCGCCAAACACUAUACCGCUGAUGUGAAAACCGCGGACAGAGGUACAACCACAUUUUGUCAUAUCAUUUCGCGUUUCAACAGAAAAAGAAAACAGGGCCUAAUUUCCUUAUCCUACUCGUUAGUGUUAUUAUAGUGUACAAGGUCAUCAGAAUCGGUUCUUCCAGCUAAUAGCAGCAAGUAGUACGAAUAUCUAUAGUUGACUCUAUAUUACAUACACGCAAACCGCAGUACGAAAAAAAUCCUCCCUAAUUUUUCAUUAUAAAUGUCAAUAAUGUGAUCUGGUUAGUUUAAAGAAGUGAAACAAUGAUUAUUCUCACCCUUGUUUGAAAAUUCCUCGUAAUUUGUAAGCGAUUAAAUUAUUUAGCACUAAAACAAAAAAGCAAAAGAAAAGGAAGAUCAACAAAUAACAAUUGAAUUCGGCUCAUUGUGGAGUGUACCGGAGUUUUCAUUCCGGAAGAAUCCAAGCACCUGGCAAGCAGAGCCUCAACUGAAAGGUUGGUUGUUCGAUAUAUUUUAUUAUCGUUGUUGGGAAUGAAGAAGCGAGCAGAGCGACAAUUUUUUGGAAAAAAACAUAAAAUUUUUAGUUUGGUUUCGUUAAAUAUGAUUUUGGUAAUUGAUCGAUUUUAGAUAGAAAUUCGUUACUGGUAUGAAAAUUCAAAUUUAGGAAAAUACAAUGAGCAUUAUGAAAUGGAAAACAAAAACAAAAAAAAUAUGUGAAACAAAAUUGAAUUAACUAGUGAAAACUGAAAACAAACAUGAAAUUCCGAAAAGUUCUUGUAUGUCGCCAUGGUAUAUAAAUUGAUACACAAAACAAACAAUAAAGUGUAACAAAAUGUUCAAA